GUCCUAUGACACCUAGAAAACUGAGACAUAACUGACAACUUCAUGUUAGCUGCAGGGCGUUUGGCUGCAGCUGCACGAGUACCAACAUACCAAGGACCGAGCGCACGUGUGUGACGACCUCGCGACGUAUGAAAAGCAAAGUCAUUACUCAUACUCGAAGGACUACUAGACUGUAGAGCUUAAUAUUAGAAUGUCUAUCCGACAGAAAACAGAUUUGGAAGCUGACAAAUAAGUUAAGUAUAUCAAUCGAUCGACCACCACCACUUCUGCACUACUGCUCCUAGUGUCAAGAUGCCUAGCUUGUUCUUCUUGAGCACUUAGUUCUUAUAAGCUUAGAUGAGUAAUGUUUUUCGUGUCUCUAUGCCAUGCCGAUGGUGUACUACGAAUUGCAGGAUUUGAGGAGAAGAAAAGACGCCUGCCUACUGGUGUCUGCGGAGCUCAUACAGUUGCGGCUGCCGCUGAAGCAUUUCCUUAACAGAAUCAUCCUUGGAUCUUGAUCUUCUUUUUCUGCUUGGAGAAGGAGCCGCCAAGGAUAUGACUCUCAAAGAGGAAGAUGCGACCGCGAUAGCUCUAAUACAGGAGAUUCCCCAGAGUGUCUUUCUAGAUGCCGCUUUGAAGAGUCUUCGAGCUCCUAGCAGUGCGGCGGCGGUUAAUAGCAAUACGGGUGCAGGUACUGCGAUGUCUGGGGAGGGUGCUGGAGACGGCGGUGAGGGUGGCGGAGGAGCUGCAGCUGCGCUCGCACAAUCCGUGAUACUAAAAAUUAGGCAAAGUAGUUUUUGGAUCAUUUGAAUUUGUUGUGGUCUUUUCUGUUCACUUUUCAAUUUCAGUACUUACAUCUACUCGAACUUACUAAAAAAAACGUUAGAAUAGAUACUCGCUGCGCGUUCCCCUAUACCUUGCGAUCCUGGGUACUCAGAAACUGGAAACUCGUUAUCACGAGAUAUGUUCCCAUAUUCCAUGGAAUCUUAUUGCAUAGAAACCCAGUAGCAUGAUGCGCUUCCUUCUAUUUUGCGAUUUCAUUGAGUACUUACAAGCUUCGACUAAUCUUCUGUGCCUCACUUUCAUAGAGCAAGUAGCAAAAAGUUUCCACAAUAAAUAUCCAAUUCCGAGUACUACUUUCAUAUACUAGCAAAGGGGAGCAGUUCCAUUGCCUGGGGAAUUCGCGUAUCAGUUACCAUCGGACGGACGCGGCUGUCACAGACUUGCCUUUUCGCCGGCAAGUGGGCGCUACUUGGCUGCAGCAGUGGAACUCAAGCUAGGCAUAAUGAUAAAUCGAGUUUGAAUUUGAAACUGAAGACACAUUUACAGCCUGUUUAAGUACGACUGACAAGGAGAGCAUUUGCUCUUAAUGUCUUGUCGUUGAUUCCUGAAUGACACUUCUCUCUCUAUAGUGACUCCUGAAUGACAUUUCUCUCUCUAUAGUGACUCCUGAAUGGCAUUUCUCUCUCUAUAGUGACUCCUGAAUAGCAUUUCUCUCUCUAUAGUGACUCCUGAAUGACAUUUCUCUCUCUAUAGUGACUCCUGAAUGGCAUUUCUCUCUCUAUAGGGUAGGGUUGCUAGGGGUUUUUCAAUAUGUACACUCUCUAAACAAGGACCAAAGUUUCGAAAUCCGAGUUUUCGAUCUGGCAAGACAGCAACUGCACUGUGUGUGCCAUGGCCAUCGAGAUCUAGUCUACGAUCUCUUUUGGAUACCAAACCCAGCAGACGGAAAUAGUGCUGCGGGUGCCAGAAGAACGGGGGGGAAAUUAUGAGGAGGUCUUUGUCGAUUGGUCUUCUCGCUUCUAGUAUUCAUACAUGACAAUUUUCAUUUUGAACUUGACGAUUGGUCUUCUUCUUGCUUCUAGUAUUUACUAGGCAUAGUUUCCUGUGUAAAGAAGAUAUUUAAGCGGCCUAAGAAUAGAUCGAAAUACAGCGAAGUGGUCGAGCUUGAUGAAAAUACAGCAAGGUGGUCGAGCUCGAGACAUUCUAUCUUACCUUAAACCCUAAGGCCUAAAGCUAUUGUACUAAAGAUAUAUUUUUUUUUGUUUGAAGAGAUAUAACGAUCUUGGUCUUCUUCGGGUCAACAUUAUUCUACAUUCUAGUAGUAUCCUAUGCUAAAUAUCGAGGACGCGGCGGGCACGACUGAGGACGUGCCAGGGUGCCUGGUGACAGCCAGUUCUGAUGGCACUGCUAUUGUCUUUCAGAUUCCUCGAGAUCGCGAGCCGAACGUCGCUAUUGCACCCGCGGUCACCAUGUACCAUCCGAGUUACUGCUUUAUGGCACCAUAGGCAUCCACGCUUACUACUACAUGAUCUAGAAUACAUUUGAGCGUUAAUUCGUGCUCAAAGUUAGAACCAUAGCUGCUACUGCUACAUCAUCUCGAAUAAAUUUGAGCGUUAAAAAUCUGUGCUCAAAGGUGUAUGUAGGCUGUUUGUAGUGAAGCAAAUCUAGUAGAGCUCGCUAUGAAAUGGUUUCGUCUUGCUGAUGAUCAUGUUCGGUGAUUUGAGACGCAGUUAUGACAAACUGGGCAUGCGUCGUGAAUACCAAACAGCACGGGGUAUCUCUCAUAUUGCAUUCUGCUCGACCGUUCCUUCCGUCGGCGGCUAUGGCCUCGCCGUUAGACAACGAGCGGUUUUAUCUAGUUGUUGGGGGACACACCUUCGGAUUGAAGGUUUGGCGUGUCGCUAGACGCGAUAUGAACUACAGUUAAGCCGUUCUAUUAAUAUUUGAACAUCUACAGAAGUUCUAUUGUAGAUUUACUUGAACUACAAAUAGGAAAAUGUGGGGUUUCCGAACACGAAAUCAAUACUUUGUUCAGCGUCAUCCCCAUAUCAAGUCUCCUCGACAUUAGUCGUGAACGCUCACCUCCUCGUAGCCGAACUCACUCCUAUUAUAUCCUGAAAUUAGAAAAUCGUCUCCUCAUGAGGAAUUAGAUUUAAACCUUGGAUGUAAGAACCUGAGAUUUAUACCUUAGAUGUAAGAACCUGAGACUUAAGCUUUCAGAGUAGUCUGCACCUCAUGAUUGGAGAUGAAAACCUUAGAGAGUAGAGGAAUUCUUCUAAUGGAAGGGACCGGAAGGCACCGAAGGCAUCGAGCCAGACUGGCGCGUGACGAAGGCCACGCUGUGCACAGAUCAGCCCACGCAGGAUCGGAGUCAUGUCACCUGCAUCCGGUAGUAGGGCUCAAGCUAUAUCAGAAGAUGCAAAUAAUACUACUCUUACAUCAACAUCCGGGGAACAACUUCUACUCUUACAUCUGAGUAGAUUGAGCAAUGAUGAAACAAAUUCGACAAAGAUUAGUAGAGCAGUUGUUUAUCUUGAUUGAGUGAGAGAGCAGUUUUGUGUGUCCCUCCUUCCAAACGUUUCGAACUGGUCUAGAGAUUUCAAGAUGUGCCACAUUUCGCGUCCUUUUCAUCUACACAUUAUUUUCUCCUUCCAGGUUCGGCCGGGAAGCAAAGAGCGACAUUUUUUACGCUACUCACAGUGCAGGAUAUAUAUCUUCGUGGCGGUGCGUCAGACAGGCAGUGGGUCCAGGUGGCGCCGCUCCGAUAUUCGGUGGACAGCCGACCCAGGACGCUGCAAGUGCAGAGACUCUUGGUUAAGCAUCAACUUUUCAAUAUAGCUUGGAGACUCUUGCUUAAGCUUUAGUUUUUCAACAUAGCUGGAAGAAAAGUCCUCGGAUGUAGUUCUUAUUCCCUCUUCGCUAGACAUAGCGCUUGGAGAUUGCCAUCCCAUGGGAUCUCAGAGCCUUCCUAGUGAGAACUAGGUGUCUUCUUACAGUGAAAUCAUUUAUCCACCUCCGUUUGUGCAGCCUGUAGCAGGUUAUGUCUACUUACGUGGGAAAUAGAAAGCAACCUAUUCUUCUGCCCUAAGGCUCGUUGGAAGCGCUGUCCAUUUACAAAUCAAACGAGUUGACCGGAAGCACGUUCUUCUACAACUUAGAGCUCGUGUCGGAAGAAAUGCAAACCGGUUCCGUAUUCGGAGGAGGUGCAAUGUCCAACGCUGA